AUGAUGCGGCUCUCAGAACCAAUACUGGACAUGGAAAUGGCAAACUACAGUGAAGUUUUAGAUCCAACAUAUACAGCACUGGAGUUCGAAACUAUGCAGAUUCUGUAUAAUGGCAAUGACAGUUCAGGAGAAGCUGUCAACAUGAAUGCUGCUGACAACGGGGUCAGUAGUCUCUGUGCAAUAUGUGGAGACCGAGCGACCGGAAAACAUUAUGGUGCUUCCAGCUGUGAUGGAUGCAAGGGAUUUUUUAGACGUAGCAUAAGGAAAAACCACGUCUAUUCAUGCAGAUUCAACCGACAGUGUAUUGUUGACAAGGACAAAAGGAAUCAAUGCAGAUAUUGUCGUUUAAAAAAGUGUUUUCGAGCAGGAAUGAAAAAGGAAGCUGUACAAAAUGAACGGGACAGGAUAAGUACAAGAAGAAACACUUUUGAUGGCUGCAACAGUCCCUCUAUUAGCACAUUGUCACAAGCCGAGACACUCUCCCGCCAGAUCUCAGUUUCCAGUCCUGGUGCUAGCACUGAUAUAAAUGUUAAGAAAAUUGCUGGUGUUAGUGAUGUCUGUGAAUCUAUGAAGCAACAACUUUUGGUCCUGGUGGAAUGGGCUAAAUAUAUUCCGGGCUUCUGUGAACUACCACUCGAUGACCAGGUUGCCCUGCUAAGAGCACAUGCUGGGGAGCACCUGUUGCUUGGAGCAGCAAAACGGUCCAUGGCAUACAAGGACAUUUUACUUUUAGGCAACAAUUACAUAAUCCAUCGCAACAGCACUGAAAUGGAGAUCUGCCGAGUGGCAAAUCGGAUUCUGGAUGAAUUAGUUCGUCCCUUCCAGGAAAUUCAAAUAGAUGACAAUGAAUAUGCUUGCUUGAAAGCAAUUGUGUUUUUUGAUCCAGAUGCAAAAGGCUUGAGUAAUCCAUUGAAGAUUAAGAAUAUGCGCUUCCAAGUGCAAAUCAGUUUAGAGGAUUAUAUUAAUGACCGUCAGUACGACUCCAGAGGAAGAUUUGGAGAACUUCUUCUUCUACUGCCUACACUCCAAAGCAUCACUUGGCAAAUGAUUGAGCAGAUACAGUUGGUUAAAUUAUUUGGAAUUGUUAAAAUUGACAGUUUGCUUCAGGAAAUGUUACUGGGAGGUACUUCUAAUGAUGCCAGUCAUCUGCAUCAUCCAAUGCAUCCUCACUUAGCCCAAGAUCCAUUAACUGGCCAAACUGUCCUCAUAAGUUCAAUGUCUGCUCCUGUACAUACAGAACAGAUACCAACUCCAGAAACUCCAUUACCUUCCCCUCCACAAGGCUCUGGGCAAGAAUACAAAAUGUCUGCAAAUCAAGCUUCAGUCAUUGCACAGCAAUCUAUUUUGAAGCAAAAACCAUUGUGA